AUGUUUUCCCACCUUUUCUCUUCCCGCCUCCAUCCGUCCGCCCCGCUCCCUGCGCUGCACAUCGCGAUGGUCCUCGGCCCCCGUGUUCGCCAGCUCCUGCCGUACAUCAACUUCGCCGUCGCGGCCGGCGCGCUUGCCUUCCAGACGACUGUGCUCUACCCGUGGCACCACGAGCUGGACGAGGCGUUCCGCCGGCUGAAGGCGGAGCAGGGCGAGGUCCUCCGAGAGUACCACCAGCUCAAGAUCGAGCGCUUCAAGGACCUGGAGAAGAAGAUGGGCGAGCUGGAGCGGAGAUUGGGGAGCAGUCCGUGA